GGGCAGCAGCCAGAUGCUAAGGACCACAGUGGCAGAGAUGGCCAUAAAAUUUUGUUGCUUUUCCAAGGACCCCCUUGAAGAUGCAGCGUCCUGGAGUGAGUCUAUCGAAAAGCUGUUGGGGUGUAAAGCUGGGCAGCUGGCGUUCCAGGAGUUCCUGAGGUCCGAGUACAGCGAGGAGAACAUCCUGUUUUGGCUGGCCUGCGAGGAGUACAAGAAGAUCAACAACACACCAGAGAUGAUCAUCGCAGCUAACCGCAUCUACUCCGAGUUUGUGCAGGUGGAAGCGCCCAGACAGAUCAACAUCGACUGCGGGACCCGCGCCAACAUAACGAAGAACAUCUCUGAGCCGAACCUCAGCUCCUUCGACACGGCACAGAAGCUGAUCUUCAGUCUUAUGGCGAGGGACUGCUACCCCCGGUUUUUAAAAUCUGACAUCUACCAGUCUAUUCUACGGAAAGCAGACAAAAGCUGA